GCUUUAAUAACCAGUGAUAAUUAGUUACUUCUUAACAAACAUUAGACUCUUUCCAAUACAAAACCGAAUGGUAAAUGGUAAUACUGUGAUAGUGAAUGGUUCCCCUGAAUAUGUUCGGUCCUGUUGCGAGGGUAGCCUCCAACGCCUUGGUGCCAGCUACAUUGAUCUCUAUUAUCAGCACCCUGUUGACACCACUGUACCCAUUGAAGACACUAUGGGAGUGCUUAAAAAGCUGGUCCAAGAGGGAAAAAUAAGGUACAUUGGAUUGUCGGAAGCUAGCCUUGUCACAAUUAGAAGGGCACAUGCUGUUCAUCCCAUUACUGCUGUGCAAAUGGAGUGCUCCCUUUGGACUCGUGAAAUUGAGCAAGAUAUUGUUCCACUUUGCAGGUACUUGUGGAGGGUGUCCAUAAUCUAAAAUGUUGUUUCUUUCGAGAAUUUGCUGAUUUGUUUCGUGCUUCCCAUCUUAAUUGACUUUACAAGUUUAGACAGGUUAAAGCUCUACCUUACAAGCUUACAAGCAGAAUUUGUGGAUUAUCCGGUCAUAAUUUCAUAAUUACAGGAAAUUUAAACGACGAUAGUUAUCAUCGAGAAUUGUUGUAGUUUUUUUCCUCUAAUUAUAAAAUUAUCACCAGUGUAUAUUUUAA